UAUCCUCACUGUCUGUCGUACCUCCAUCUCCGUCCAAUCUCCCUCCUCCUUGCCUCAGCUUUGCAUCGUUCUCCUCCAUCCCCCUUUCUCUCAAUCAUUAUCUGCGUUGCCUCCAUCUCCCAUUUCUCUGCCCAGUUUGCAUUUGAUUCUUCUUGGUCUCCAUCCUGCUUGCCCCAAGCUUUGCGUAUACAGGCAGCGACUAUGGCUGAAAUUCUCGGGGCCGUUGUGGGGUCCAUCACCGGACAUCUCCUUUCCCUCGUCUCCCCGGAGAUCGGACUAGCACGUGGUGUCAAAGUUGAGCUCCAGAAUCUCCAGAGUACUGUCUCGGCUAUUGCUGCCAUGCUUCGUGAGGCUGAGAAGAGACAAGUCCUGGCUGAGGGCGUGAAGGACUGGCUGAAGAAGCUGGAAGAUGUGCUUUACGAUGCUGAUGACCUGCUGGAUGACUUCUCCACUCAAGUGUUGCGUCGUCGUAGUGUGGUGGGAGGAGGUAAUCGGAUCUUGAAUGAGGUCGGUAUCUUCUUUUCCUCUUCUAACCAGCUCGUUUAUGCCAAUAAGAUGGCUCAUCGAGUCGAGGAUAUCAGGAAGAGAAUCAAUGCCAUUACGAAUGAUAGGGUCCAUUUUCAUCUCGAGGGAAAUAGUAAUCCUAUUGAGAGUUUGGUGGAGAACCGGGUCACGCGAGAAACUUAUCCCUAUGAGCCACAACCGUAUGUGAUUGGAAGAGAUACGGACAAGAAGGAAGUUAUCGAGUUCUUACUUAAUCCUGAUUUUGAGGAGAAUGUUUCCGUCCUCCCAAUAGUGGGUUUUGGCGGUCUAGGGAAAACGACACUGGCAAGACUCGUAUUCAAUAAUGACAGCGUGAAGGAGUACUUCGAGUUGAAGCUUUGGGUUUGUGUGUCGACCAAUUUUGACGUGAAGGAUAUUCUGGGGAAGAUAGUACGAGAAUGCAUUGCUAGCCUCAACAUGAAUGAAUUGAGAAACUUGCUUGGAGAAGAGCUCGAUGGAAAGGAUGAUAUGAUGAAAAUGUCACGGGAUCAGAUUCUAGAAAAGGUACUUGCAAAGCUCACCAACAUGGAUGAGCUGCAAAGAAAGCUGGGAGAAGUGCUCGAUGGAAAAAAGUUUUUACUUGUGUUAGAUGACGUGUGGAAUGAGAAUCGGCGCGAGUGGUUGAAUCUCGAAUGGUUUCUUCAGAACGGUGCAAAAGGAAGUAAAAUAUUGGUGACGACUCGCAGUCCUCUUGUGGCCAGAACUAUGACUGGAAGAUCCCAUAAAUUGAGUGGCUUAGCCGAGGAUGAGUCAUUUUCUCUGCUAAUGCGAAUGGCAAUGAAGCAAGAACAUGAGUGGAGAAAUGAAAACUUAGAAUCGAUUGCAAAAGAAAUUCUAAAGAAGUGUGCGGGAGUUCCCCUCGCAAUUACAACGAUUGGGCGACUGUUAUUAUUCUCGAGAAAUACUGAAGAAGAUUGGUUGAAAUUCAAGAAUAAUGAUUUAUCGAGAAUAAAUCAAGAAGAAGGUGACAUCAUGCCAUCCCUUAAGCUGAGCUACAAUUUUUUGCCGUCACGCUUGAAACGGUGUUUUUCUUAUUGUAGCUUGUUUCCGAAAGAUUGCAAGUUGGAAAAACGUGAGCUCAUUCAUCUUUGGAUGGCACAGGGAUAUAUCAAACCCCUAAGCAACAGGCAAACAAUUGAAGAAGUCGGUCAAGAUUAUUUCAUGGAGCUGCUUUCAAGAUCCUUUUUCCAGGAUGUAGAGGAAGAUUUGUAUGGCAGCAUCGUGAGCUGCAAAAUGCAUGAUUUGAUGCAUGACCUUGCACAGUCGGUGGCUGGAAAUGAUUGCAUCACCAUUGAUAGCUCAAAUGUGAAAACCUUCCCAGAAGGAACUCGUCAUGUAUCUAUAGCUGCUGCGGGAGAUUAUGAGUGGAAUGGAAGAGUAAGGUCUAUGCUUUUUAUUCAUGGAAAGCUGGAGAUUGAGAAUGGUCAUUUGGAUGUUUCUGGUUUUACAAAUCUGCGGGCACUACGUCUUCGUUCUGCUAAAGUAAAAAAGAUAUCCAGAUCGAUUGGUAAAUUGAAGCAUUUGAGAAGCCUUGAUCUCUCAUUUAAUUAUGGGUUAAGGUAUCUUCCGAAUUCCAUAAGCAAGUUGUGCAAUUUGGAGACGCUCAGCCUCAGAGAAUGUCUGCGUCUAAAAAGAUUACCAAGAGGCAUUACAAAGUUGGUCAAUCUAAGGCAGCUUAUUCUGAGUGGAUGUGGUAGUUUGACACAUAUGCCAAGAGGAAUUGAGAAGUUGACUAGUCUACAAACGUUAGAUGUAUUCGCGGUUGGGGGGAAAUGGUACAACCUAAAUGCUGCAAGGCUGAAUGAGUUAAGUAGACUUACCGGAUUGAGGAUUAAAGAACUGACUAUUCAAGGCUUGGAUAGAGUGGGGAGUACCUCGAGCGAGGUAGAUGCUUCGUUCUCAAUAAAGAACUUUCCUCUUCAAUCUUUGAAACUAGACUGGAGUUUUGGAGACUCAGAAGAGGUUUUGGAGAGACUGCGACCCCAUCCAGAUCUGAAGGUAUUGAGUAUAAAUCUAUACGGUGGUGCUAGGCUUUCAUCGUGGGUUUCUCAACUGCAUAGACUAGUCCAGAUUGAGAUUAUCUAUUGUAAUAAUUGCAGCCAUCUACCACCUCUAGAUCACCUCCCUUUCCUGAAAAAAGUCUCCUUGCGGAAGAGUAGCCUGGAGUGCAUUGAAUUAUGGGAGAGUACUGGCCAAGAGGACAAGGAGAGUGGGAUGCCGCAGCCUAAUAAUAAUUUCUUUCCAUCCUUAGAAGAAAUAGAGCUGAGGGAUUUGCCUAAAUUCAGGGGAUGGGAGAGGAGGACGAACACCCGAAUUGAACGAGAGGAGGAUGAUCAUUCUUCUUCUUCUUCUUCUUCUUCUUCUUCUUCUUCUUCUUCUUCGUUAUUAAUGCUCCACACGUUCUCUGACAAGGUCAAUGUCUCCAUAGAAUAUUGCCCAGGAUUCUCUUACGCGCAUGGUCAAAAUCUACGACAAAUGGGUUUCACUGUAACCUCGACCAAACUUGCAGAGCAGUUGCUGAGGGAUGCAUCUCUAAGCCAAGAUCCAACCCCCGUCCUUACUGUAGCGCCAAUUCCACCAUCGCGGGGGAAGAUGACCGUGUCUUCUAAAUCUCUCUCCACGCUGACGUACAUCUUAUUCAGUGGAAUCGAGGAUGCAGAGGACUUGCCUGUGGAGUUGUUUCGGUCCCUCCCAUCUCUCGAGGCUCUUGUAAUCAGCGAAUGCCGUCGACUGAAAGCUCUCCCUGUAAGGGCAAUCCUCCGAUACCUACCAUCCCUUGAGAUGCUGGAGAUUUCUGAGUGCAAAGACCUUGAUUUAUCAAUGGAUGAAGAUAGUCACGACGGUGUUGGUGAAGGCAUGAACAAUCUGCAGCUGCAGGGCAUGACUUCUCAGGGGAAGCUACGCGGCUAUCCGCAGCUUGACUUCUCUGGGGAGUCGGGAAAUCAACGAGGCAUGCCUAAUUUGCAAUCCGGCGAACCCACUAAACUUCGGGAAUUGAGAUUUUACGAGAUUGACAAAAUGAAGACUCUCCCGUGGUGGAUGCAGCACCUCACUAACCUUGAAGAGUUAAGUAUCCUCGACUGCAGCAAUCUGAAGGCUUUGCCUGAGUGGUUUCCCAAUCUCACCUCACUCAAACAACUUAGAGUUAUUGGUUGCGGGAAGGAGCUGCCAAGAAGGUGCAGAGAGAUUACCGGAGAGGACUGGCCUAAGAUUUCUCACAUCCAGAAAGUAGAUGUACGCAAUUAGUCUGGUUCAUUCAUACUCCUGGCCAUCUUAUCAAAGAUAAUGUUAAGGGCCUCCUCAUCUGCUUUCCUGCUUUCACGGUACUUAGCUUAAGCUCUUAGACAGCUGAGCGACACUGACCAUCGAGUUCCAGUCUUUUAUGACUGGGGAAGCUUUGAAAGUCUCCCCUACUUUGAUCAAUGAAGGUUGUUCUUAUUCCACUCCAGGACGGUACUUCCUGUCAGCUGUCGAGAUCAUAUCAUCCCAAGCUCACAAAUUCAUCUUCCCCGUCGAGUUUCUGAAAGAGGGAGUGGUGAAUUGCUGAUUUUGUAGUAUAUAUCAACUUCCGAAUUUGUCAUAUUUGAAGAGGGUUGGAUAUGUUUUACAUUAAAAAAUCAGCAUGUCCAGGCAAACAUAUGAAUGGAACCUUUGAGAUCCUCCUGGUUUUCGAACUCUGAUCUUUUGUCGAAGUGCACCUGAAGCAACCUGGCUAGCUGAAGAAACUAGCUCCCGGGGUCAUCCCAGCAAUGUCAGUCCUGCAGUUCUGCUGUAGGAUAGGAUAUGUCUCUUUGCUGUUCAGAUGUCAGCUCUAUCAUUCUUCCUCUCGGAAGGAGACAACCUUUCCGAGUUUUCAGCAGCAGAACUGUGAAUCCAUAUUCAGUGGCAUCAAAAUUAUGAACUUCCGAUGAAGAUCAGUUGACGCUUUUAUUUUUAUGGAGGGUUUGCAUAAUUUAUGUAACUCUUCUGUCAUUACUCCAAACCGCAGCACUCAUGUGGCUUCUGAUGUCUCCUCUUUCAGUUAUUCAUGAAGCAAGGCUCGUACACUUGCUGAAGUGUACGAGCCUUUCAUGAAUAUUUCCUUCCGGGGGCAUCCAUUUCACUUUUGCUGAAGUGAGCAGUUAUCAGGAGGUUAGGAGCUGUUUAAUCAUUCAUGCACUGCUGCUUCAUACGGUCUUCAACAUGUCCAAGAAUCUACGGAAACUCCACAGACUCACCCAACUUAUAAGAAUUUGAUCAAAGCAGAUAGUGGACUUCCUAUGUCUUCUGAACUUCAGCAUACGUACAGUGCUGGAUAAAUUUUAUCCUAAUCAGUAUUUCCAGAGCUUUGUCACUUAUGGUGGCUGGAACCAUUGUUUAGUUGAAGGCAGAAGCUGAGAUAUUUCAGGGUCUACGUUUGCCUUGGGGAGACAUUUGGAAGGCAUAGCUGAAGCAGCUUUAUCAUAAUGAAGGCAGAGCGCUCUGGAGCUCAACUCCUUUGUUUGUAUGGAGGGAACAGAUACGGCGCAGAAGAAGGUGCAGAAGUAAUACCAGAGAGGACAGCCCUAAGAUUUCUCACAUAAAAAAUGUUUAUAUAUGCUGAAGCUGGUUCUCUCUCACUGCCUCCAAAGAUGAUAUGGAGGGCCUGCUGUGGUUCCUGCUUCCAAUAUUUAGCUCAAACUCUGCUCAGUGAUAUCGACCAUUGAGUUUCAACUUCUCCAAGAGGAAGAAAAUUAUAGACUCCUUUUCCUGAUAUCAUUGAAGCUUGUUAAUAUUCCACUCCGGAUAUGUAUAUGUGAAAUUUAAUGACUUAUUUACUUUUUGAUAGUGAAAGAGUAGGGGAGAUGGCAAUUCGUUUGAUUAAUGGCCUGUUUCAACUUCCCUCAGUUGCAUCAAAUUUAAACAGGACGGUACUUCCUGUAAGCCGUCGAGAUCAUUUAAUUUUUUGCGGUCGUGUUCUUGCCUGAACUUUUUGGUGGCUUGAUUUUCCAAGUUUGGAAGAAAUGAUGGAGGAGAUAGUUGAUUUCUGUUUC